CUUUCUUUUCCGGUCCCAGGCGCUCUGGGAGCUGCCGGCGAGGGUGAGAGCCGGCUGCGCGGCAUCCGGCGCCAUCCGCGGUCCCGGGGCGAGGUGGUGGGCACAGGCUACGGAAAGGUGCAGACAUGGCCAAGUCCAAGAACCACACCACGCACAACCAGUCCCGGAAAUGGCACAGAAACGGUAUCAAGAAGCCCCGAUCACAAAGAUAUGAAUCGCUUAAGGGGGUGGACCCCAAGUUCUUAAGGAACAUGCGUUUUGCCAAGAAGCAUAACAAGAAGGGCCUGAAGAAGAUGCAGGCCAACAAUGCCAAGGCCAUGAGCGCACGUGCAGAGGCCAUCAAGGCCCUCGUAAAGCCCAAGGAGGUCAAGCCCAAGAUCCCAAAGAGCGGUAGCCGCAAGCUCAAUCGCCUAGCCUACAUUGCCCACCCCAAGCUCGGGAAGCGUGCUCGUGCGCGCAUCGCCAAGGGUCUCAGACUCUGCCGACCAAAGUCCAAGGCCAAGGAUAAAACCAAGGCCCAGCCUCUGGCUCCAGCUCCAGCUCCAGCUCAGGUUACCGCUCCAGGUCAGGCUCCCAAAGGUGCCCAGGCCCCCUCGAAGGCUCCUGAGUAGAGCUCUCCUAGGAUGGAAGGACUGGUGUGACCCCCAGGCUGCCAUGUGCACGGUGCUGGGUCCCCCUGUGCUAUUUGUACAAAUAAACCUGACGCAGGAGCUGUCAA